CCCAUAUAUCCAGAUCCAAAGCAUUAAUCUCAUUGUAGUAUCGCAUAGACACUUAAAGAGUACACAUUUUUUAGAGGUAGCAUAUCAGGGACGACCUGUAGAACACAGCAAAAAAAUGGCUAGCCGCGUGGGUUUGAUCGGGUGCUUGAUCGUUGUGGUGGCUUUGCUAAAUGGUGCAACCACUCAAGUUACGGCUGCAGUUGAAUAUCAAGUCGGAGACAGCUUGGGCUGGACUGUUCCCCCAAAUACCUCCUAUUACACCAAUUGGGCUAGCUCAAAAACAUUCUUUCUUGGCGACGCAUUGAUAUUCAAUGCUACAAGCGGGACACACACUGUGGCUAUUGUAUCAGAAGCUGAAUAUAAUGCCUGCACAAAGGUAUCAUCUGUUUUCCAAGUUCAACCUUGUUGCCCAUUUCGAUACACUCCUGAAUCCACCGGUACUAAGUACAUCAUCUGCACCGUAAGUAACCACUGUGAGCAAGGCCAAAAGUUUUCUUUCACGGUUGAAUCACAAAACUUCACUGUUGAAUCGCCCGCUGGAUCACCAACUGAAUCGCCGUCCAGCUCCGCUUCAUCUCUAACAGUUGGUGCCUUAUAUGCAGUGCUCACCACAACAGUCAUUUCUUUCUUGACUUUCUUCUAAAUGUACCCAAACCAUAGCGGAUUUUCUUAAUUAUUGAUUUGUUAUUUUUUCUCCCUUUGUUUUACUAGUAAGAAUAGGAGCAUCAUGUCUCAUAUCAUAUGUAUGGAUAUUUAAUGUACUGGAAUAAUUUUCAAUUAAACGAUUGUUUUUAC